AUGUCUUCCACCUACAAAGUUCUGGUCAUUGGCGCUGGCGAACUCGGUAUUCAAGUGCUUCGAUGCUUGGUCUAUCAUCCGCGCUCGGCGGAGGUGGCGGUUUUACUACGCCCAGCCAGUCUCACUUCAACCAAUCCUUCCCAGAAGAAAAAGGCCGACACUCUGAGGCAAUGGGGGAUCCAAUUUGUCGCUGGCGAUAUCGUCGCAGACUCGGAACAAACCCUGACCGCCGUUUUUGCUGGCUAUGAUCUCGUCAUCGGGUGUACUGGAUUCGUCUCAGGCAAAGGAACCCAACUUAAACAGACUCGAGCGGUACUGGCGGCUGGCAUUCCACGAUACAUCCCAUGGCAGUUUGGCGUGGACUACGAUGCCAUCGGGCGUGGCUCGCCCCAGGAUGUCUUCGAUGAACAGCUGGAUGUCCGUGAAUUGCUUCGAUCCCAAUCAAAAACGCGCUGGGCAAUCGUUUCAACAGGCAUGUUCACCAGCUUCCUAUUUGAGCCGUCUUUUGGUGUAGUAGAUCUGAAGGAGGCAACCGUUUGCGCCCUCGGAAGCCUAGAAAAUCGAGUCACAGUCACUACACCGGAGGACAUUGGGAGAUUCACUGCCGAAAUUGUCCUAGGCCACGAUAGCGAAGCGCUGUUUGCUGGCCAGCCCAUUUUCGUCGGCGGAGACACCCUCAAUUAUGAAGAGGUGGCACAAAUUGUGGAAAAAGUUACUCAAAUGCCAAUUCGGCGAACAGUCUUUUCAACUACCGAUGCAAUUGCUGCUCUAGCGGAAGACCCUGAUAAUUCACAACUCAAGUAUCAAGCGGUAUUCGGUCAAGGUCGUGGUGUAGCUUGGGAGCUGUCGGCGACAUGGAACUGGCAACGUGCAUUACGUGCAACAACUGCCGAGCAAUGGGCACUAGAGAACUUGACAGAGGCCAGUUCACUCAGUAUAGCCUAA